AUGAAGCGUCAAGUGCGACGGCACGCUCUUAUGCGAUGGUUCCAAAAGUCUAUCAACCCGGAGUGCAAAUGCGGACCUCGCGAGUGGAUUAUUCGUUUGUCUUCUUGGGCCCUGUUGGCCCUCAUGUGGACGCUCUGUUUCACCUACCUGCUGAAUAAGUAUGAGUACAAACCGCCGGGAUCUUUGACGUUCCAGGGUAUCACUAAAUGCUGCUGCUGCUACGACUGGACUGAAGUGGAGACACAGCCCAAGGAACGGUCUAACUGGUACUGCCAAGACUGCGACUCACAAAUCUGGGAAGACAGUCCGCAAACAUGGGGGGAGUACUGCGAUACCCAACCUCAGUAG